AGCAGGCGUCUGAAAACGAAGCAGUUUUUUGUGUUUUCCAGGCGAGGCGCAGUUCAUCUCGAACGAGCCUAUUUAGUGUUUCUUUAAUAAAAUGGGCAUUCCGGUGGUUGACUUUGGUGCCUUCAGCCUGAGUGAGGAGGAUGCUGCUGACGAGCAGAUGCACAACCUGAGCAAAGAGCUGGAAUCAGCUUUCACUGAAGUUGGUUUCGUGUUUCUGAAGAACACUGGGAUCACCCAGCAGGAGGUGGAUCGUGUUCUGACCAUAUCCAAGACAUUCUUCCUGCAGCCAGAAGAAGAGAAGCGACCCUUCAGCAGGAAAAGCUUCGCCAUCAGUCCCAGCCACGGCUGGGUGCAUCUGGAGAGCGAGAGGUUGAAUCCUCGUCGCCCUGGAGACCUCAAGGAGUCAUUCAACGUUACUUCACUUCAUCCUGGCAUUAAAUGGCCAUCGGGUGCUGUAAAAGGGUUCCAGGAGAUCCAGACGUCUUUCUUCCAGCGCUGUAAAGAGCUGAGUCUGCGGGUGCUGAGGGUGAUGGCCCUCAGUCUGGGUCUGGACCCAGAGGUGUUCCUGAGCGCGCACCGUUUCAUAGGAACUGAAGGGAACGGAACAACACUGCGGCCUCUGUACUACCCAGCAGUAAACCACGAGAAACUGAAGGAGGGUCAGCUGCGGUGUGGGGAACAUUCAGACUACGGCAGCAUCACCCUGUUGUUUUGCAGCUCUGGGGGUCUGCAGGUAACACUGCCGAGAAUUACCAAUCGGGACGUUUGUUUUGACAUUUGUUGCUGUGAGAGAAAUCUCCAGGCGUGCAAUCCACCGGACGGUCUUGUUAACCUUCAGGUGCGGAGGCGUUCAGGUGAAUUCAUCUGUGUUCCCUCCGUCCCCGGAGCGGUCCUCAUCAAUGUCGCCGACCUGAUGCAGCGCUGGACCAGCGAUCACUUUGUCUCUGUGGUCCACAGAGUUUUGCUGCCCCCUGCUGGAGACUCCAGCACACGUCAGUCUCUGGUCUUCUUCGUCCAGCCAGAUGAUGAGGCUCUGAUCAGCUGCUGUGACGGCUCCAACAAAUACCCCCCGGUUACAGGAGGCGGCUACCUGGACGAGCGCUUCAAGGCCUCGUAUUGACAGAGCCGAAUGUCCACCCAUCACUUCAUUCAUACACAACUGAUAACUACAUACGCUGUUUUUACGUUUUGAAUUGUAUUUUUUUGAUAAUCAGUGAGCCAAUGUGUACGACUAAAAGAAGAGACACAAACCUCA